AUGGAAUUGCAAACCAUUGUCCCCUUAAACAAUCCGAUAGAUUAAAGAGGAGAUCAACUCGAGUAACUAGUAAGGUAGAUGCUUAUUGAUCAAAGAAUUCAAACCCCAAUCAACUCCAUGAAUGUUCUGACUAACGUUGAAAAGACUUCUAAGAUAACAGAACUAGUAUAACAAAUUAUGGAGACAUUAGGUCUUGACUUAAACGAUGAGUCAUUAAGAGACACUCCUAAAAGAGUAGCAAAGAUGUACGUGAAUGAAUUGUUCCAAGGACUAAGCCCGGAAAGUUUUCCUAAUUGUACUACUUUCGAUAUCAAGGAGAUUAGCAACGUAACACAAACAAACAUUCCAUUUACUUCAAUGUGUGAGCAUCAUCUCAUGCCUUUCUUUGGUGUAGCACACAUCUCCUACCAAAGUAAUGGGAGAGUAAUUGGAUUAAGCAAAUUGAACAGAGUGGUAAACUACUUUGCACGCAGGCCACAAGUAUAGGAAAGACUUACCAAAUAAAUUCACCGUGCACUCUAACUCGUUCUUCAAAGCCGAGAUGUUAGGGUCAUUAUUGAGGCAGAGCACUUUUGUAUCCAGGCUAGAGGGGUACAAUAAAAGGGAUCCAAAACUCUCACAGAGGAAACAAGUGGAAUGUAUUCUAAUUCAAAAUUUAUUCAAAAAUUAUGA